GCAGAUGGGAAGAGGAAAGGGAAGAGGGAGAAGGCAUGCUGGUCAUGUGAUUCUAGAAGGUGGCCCCUUCUCCUCCCCGCUCUGCCUGAUGUCCUUGCAGACAAAAUGGAGGUGACUGGGCAGGCUGCCAGGACGUCAGGUGGCAUCACAGCCGGGCGGACCAUUCUCCUCUGACUAAUGAGAUGGAGACAUGGAGGCUAACGGAGGGAAUACAGCAUGCUCCAGAGGCACUCAGGCAGGAGGUGGCAGAGCUGGCCUAGAACCUGGUCUGAGGGACUUCGGAGCCUGCGUUGGUAACUGCUGAGCUGUGCAGUGUCCAUCGUGCAUUGUGUCUGCUGUGUGGUGGGCUUGCAGAGAGGACCUCAUCUGGUCGCCCCGUUCUGGAAGAAGCGAGGGGGAGAGCGCGCCUGCGGACCGGAGAGACGGCGGGGAAACGGGAGACGGCGAGCCGCGCAGCCUCGGCACCCGCGAGACCCAGAGGAGCCCGCAGAUAACCAGCCCGAGUCAUGCAGUCUUUUCGAGAAAGGUGUGGUUUCCAUGGCAAACAGCAGAACUACCAGCAGACCUCACAGGAGACAUCACGCCUGGAGAAUUACAGGCAGCCGAGUCAGGCCGGGCUGAGCUGUGAUCGGCAACGGCUGCUCACCAAGGACUAUUAUAACCAGCAGCCUUAUCCAGGCUAUGAGGGCAGUGCGGGUACGCCUGCCAGCUCGGCAGCCUCAGCCGUGGCUGAGAAGUACCACCGAAGCAGCAAAGCCCUGCCCUCGCAGCAGGCCCUGCAGGGGCGGCCGGCUUUCCCCAGCUACAGGGUGCAGGACAACAGCCCGUACCCAGGCCGCUAUUCGGGUGGAGAGGAGAGCCUGCAGGCCUGGGGGGCUCCACAGCCACCACCCCCACAGCCACAGCCCUUGCCGGGGGGCGUGGGCAAGUAUGAUGAGAGCUUGAUGAAAAAGACAGCAGCACCCACCAGCAGGCAGUACCUGGAGCAGGGCACCCAGCUGCCCUUUCGGACUCACCCCCUCCACAUGCAGCAGCAGCAGCAGCAGCAGCUGCAGCAGCUUCCACAGCCUCAGCAGCCCCUGGUGUACCCCAAACUCCAGAGGCAGAAGUUGCAGAACGACAUCGCCUCACCGCUGCCCUUCCCCCAGAGCAGCCACUUUCCCCAGCAUUCGCAGUCAUUCCCUGCCUCCUCCACCUACUCCUCGCCUGUCCAAGGUGGCGGGCAGGGGGCCCAGUCCUACAAGAGUUGCACGGCACCAUCUGCCCUAUCCCAUGACAGGCCGCUGACAGCCAACGCCAACCUGGCUCCAGGGCAGCGGGUCCAGAACCUUCAUGCCUACCCGUCUGGCCGCCUCAGCUAUGACCAGCAGAAGCAGCAGCAGCAACAAGCCCUUCAGAGCCGGCAUCAUGCCCAGGAAACCCUCCAUUACCAAAACCUCACCAAGUACCAACACUAUGGGCAGCAAGGCCAGGGCUACUGCCAGCCAGAUGCAGCCGUUCGGACUCCAGAGCAGUACUACCAGACCUUCAGCCCCAGCUCCAGCCACUCUCCUGCACGCUCCGUGGGCCGCUCACCUUCCUACAGCUCUACCCCGUCACCACUCAUGCCGAACCUGGAGAACUUUCCCUAUAGCCAACAGCCACUUGGCACCGGGGCCUUCCCCGCUGGUAUCACCGACCACAGCCACUUCAUGCCCCUGCUCAACCCCUCCCCAACAGAUGCCACCAGCUCUGUGGACCCCCAGGCUGGCAACUGCAAGCCUCUGCAGAAGGAUAAGCUCCCUGAGAGCCUGCUGUCGGACCUCAGCCUGCAGAGCCUCACAGCCCUGACCUCACAGGUGGAGAACAUCUCCAACACUGUGCAGCAGCUGCUGCUCUCCAAGGCCACUGUGCCACAGAAGAAGGGGGUCAAGACCCUCGUGUCUAGGACCCCGGAGCAGCUCAAGAGCCAACACUGCAGCCCUGAGGGCAGCAGUUACUUGGCUGAGCCGGUGGGCACACCGCUUUCAGAACCACUGAGCAGCACCCCACAGUCCAUCCACGCCGAGCCCCCGGAGGCUGACUACCUCAGCGGCUCCGAGGACCCUCUGGAUCGCAGCUUCCUCUACUGCAACCAGGCCUGUGGCAGCCCUGCCAGGGUCAACAGCAACUCCAAGGCCAAACCCGAGUCCGUGUCCACUUGCUCUGUGACCUCACCGGACGACAUGUCCACCAAGUCUGACGACUCCUUCCAGAGCCUGCACAGCAGCCUGCCACUGGACAGCUUCUCCAAGUUUGUGGCAGGUGAGCGCGACUGCCCGCGGCUGCUGCUCAGUGCCCUGGCGCAGGAGGACCUGGCCUCUGAGAUCCUGGGGCUGCAGGAGGCCAUGGUGGAGAAGGCCGAUAAGGCCUGGGCUGAGGGGCCUAGUCUGGCCAAGGAUGCCAGCAAGCCUCCUUUCUCUCUGGAGAACCACAGUGCCUGCCUGGACCCCGGAGCCAAGAGCGGGUGGCCACGGCCAGGGGAACCAGAGGCUCUGCCCGACCCCUUGCAACUGGACAAGGGCGGCAACACCAAGGACUUCAGCCCAGGGCUGUUUGAGGACCCCUCCGUGGGCUUCGCCACCCCUGACCCCAAAAAGACGGCCGGGCCCUUCUCCUUUAGCACCAAGGCCCUCAUCGGGGCAGCCCCUGCCGACCCUGCCACAGCAGCCUUUGACUGCUUCCCAGACACAGCCACCGCUGGCUCAGUAGAUGGCACCAACCCCUUUGCCUGGCCAGAGGAGAACCUGGGCGAUGCCUGCCCCCGGUGGGGACUGCACUCUGGCGAGCUCAACAAGGGCCUGGAGCCAGGUGGGAAGGCCUCGGAGGGUGCCAGCAAAGAGGGUGCCCAGGAGUCGCCGGCCUGCCUCAGUUUCCAGGGGGAGGAGCCCGCAGGGGAAAAGGCAGCCAUGCCUGGGGACUUCAAGCAGGAGGAGGCAGGCGGGGUGAAGGAGGAGGCGGGGGGGCUGCUGCAGUGCCACGAGGUGGGCAAGGCCGACCACUGGCUGGAGGAGAACCGGCACUGCUGUGCUGCCGCUGACUUUGGGGACCUGCCGCUUCUGCCGCCCGCUAGCAGGAAGGAGGAUCUGGAGGCCGAGGAGGAGUACUCCUCCCUGUGCGAGCUCCUGGGCAGCCCCGAGCACAGGCCCAGCCUGCAGGACCCACUGUCCCCCAAGGCCCCACUGGUGUGCACCAAGGAGGAGGUGGAGGAGGUGCUGGAUGCAAAGUCUGGCUGGGGCUCGCCCUGCCACCUGUCUGGGGACUCCGUCAUCCUGCUGGGUCCCACUGUGGGUGCUGAGUCUAAGGUCCAGAGCUGGUUCGAGUCCUCCCUGUCCCACAUGAAGCCGGGCGAGGAAGGGCCCGAUGGUGAGGGGACUCCAGGGGACACCACCACCCUGGAUGCCUCGCUGGCACCAAAGCUCAACAAGCCUGCUGUGCCCGAGACCCCCAUCGCCAAGAAAGAGCCCGUGCCACGGGGCAAAAGCUUACGGAGUCGACGGGUGCACCGGGGGCUGCCCGAGGCCGAGGACUCCCCAUGCAGAGUGCCAGCACUGCCCAAGGACCUCCUGCUCCCUGAGUCCUGUGCAGGACCCCCCCAGGGGCAGAUGGAAGGGGCAGGGGCCCCAGGUCGGGGCACCUCAGAAGGGCUCCCUAGGAUGUGCACACGCUCCCUCACGGCCCUGAGUGAGCCCCGCACACCCGGUCCCCCGGGUCUGCCCACCACCCCUGCGCCCCUAGACCGACUGGGGGGCAAGCAGCGAGCAGCCUUCAAGUCAGGUAAACGGGUGGGGAAGCCCUCGCCCAAAGCCGCUUCCAGCCCCAGCAACCCUGCCGCUCUGCCCGUGGCUUCUGACAGCAGCCCCAUGGGCUCAAAGACCAAGGAGCCGGGCUCGCCCGACACUCCAGGCAAGGACCAGCGCUCUAUGAUUCUCCGGUCCCGCACCAGAACGCAGGAGACCUUCCAUGCCAAGCGGAGGCGGCCAGCGGAGAGUCGACUGCCCAGCUGCCGCACCACCAAGAAGCUGCUCACCAACAACCACCUGCCCGCACCCUUCAAGGCAUCCGGAGGCCCCCAGAAGGAGGGCAGGGCAGGCCAGCGGGCGCGGGUCCCCAAGCCCGGCGGGAGCGUCAGUAAGACAUCCGAGCGGCCCCUGCAUGCACUCAAGCGGAAGGCCUCCUUCAUGGCUCCCGUCCCCACCAAGAAGCGAAGCCUGGUGUUACGGAGCAGUGGCAGCAGUGGCAGCAGCUGUGGCGGGGAUACCCACGAGGAGAAGGCCGAGGGCACCUUAGCCCUCUUCAAGAGGCUGUCUUCUCCCAAAAAAGCCAAGCUGGCCAAGAGCAGUGGUGGCGAGCCCCUUACAGAGCCCCCGCCCCCAGAGGCCCCCAGCGUCUGUAUCAAGAUGGCCUCGAGGGCUGCCUUCCAGGGGGCCGUGAAAACCAAGGUGCUGCCCCCCCGCAAGGGCCGGGGAUUGAAGCUGGAGGCCAUCGUGCAGAAAAUCACCUCGCCCAGCCUCAAGAAGUUCGCAUGCAAGGUGGCACCCGGGGCUGCACCUGCUGACCCCCUGAGCCCAGCCCUCCCCGAGAAGUCGCGGGGGCUCAAGAGCAUGGGAGGCAGCCCUUUGGGGGCAGAAGAAGGGCUGUUAACCGCGCGUCUGGGGCAGAAGCUCCCAGCAGCUCUGGGGGCUGACCCGUUAUGCAGAAAUCUGAACAACAGAUCCUUAAAAGGCAAACUCAUGAACAGUAAGAAACUGUCUUCAACCGACUGUUUCAAAACUGAGGCCUUUACAUCCCCAGAGGCCCUGCCACCCAGAGGGACCACCCUGGCGCCUAAGAAGAGAAGCAGGAAGGGCAGGGCUGGAGCCCUGGGACUCCCCAAAGGCCCUCUGGAUAAACGGCCCCACCUGGGCCCAGCUCUGCUCCCGACCCCCCGAGACAGGGCCGGCAGCACACAGGGGGGUGAUGAGGACAUCUCUGGUGGAGGAGGCAAAAAGCCAAAGAUGGAGGAGCUGGGCCUAGCCUCCCAGUCUCCCGAGGGCCCACCCUGCCAGCCCCAGACCAGGGCACAGAAGCAGCCAGGCCAUGUCAACUAUAGCAGUUAUUCCAAGCGGAAGCGGCUCACGCGGGGCCGGGCUAAGAACGCCACCUCCUCACCCAGCAAGGGGCGUGCCAAACGUCGGCGGCAGCAGCAGGUGCUGCCCCUGGAUCCUGCAGAACCUGAAAUCCGCCUCAAGUACAUUUCCUCCUGCAAACGGCUUCGGGCUGACAGCCGGAUCCCAGCCUUCUCUCCAUACGUGCGGGUGGAGAAGCGAGAUGCGUUCACUACCAUAUGCACUGUUGUCAACUCCCCUGGGGAUGAGCCCAAACCCCACAGAAAGCCUUCCUCCUCCACCUCCUCCUCUUCCUCCUCAUCCUCCUUCUCCUUGGAUACAGCCGGGGCCUCCCUGGCCACACUCCCUGGAAGCUCUGUUCUGCAGCCACGGCCCUCCCUGCCCCUCUCUUCCACCAUGCACCUAGGGCCCGUGGUCUCCAAGGCCCUUAGUACCUCUUGCCUUGUUUGCUGCCUCUGCCAAAACCCCGCCAACUUCAAGGACCUUGGGGACCUCUGUGGUCCCUACUACCCUGAACACUGCCUCCCCAAAAAGAAGCCAAAACUCAAGGAGAAGGUGCGGCUGGAGAGCACGUAUGAGGAGGCCUCACUGCCCCUAGAGAGAACACUCAGAGGCCUUGAGUGUGCAGCUGCUGCCACCGCUGGAAAACCCCAGAGGCCUGAUGGCCCAGCCGACCUGGCCAAGCAGGGCUCGCUGCGCACCAGCGCCCGGGGCCUGUCCAGGCGGCUGCAGAGUUGCUACUGCUGUGACGGCCAGGGAGAUGGUGGUGAGGAGGCGGCCUCAGCCGACAAGAGUCGCAAGCAUGAAUGCAGCAAAGAGGACCCGGUGGAGCCUGGCGGGGGCACCCAGGAGCACUGGGUGCACGAGGCCUGUGCUGUGUGGACGGGCGGGAUCUACCUGGUGGCCGGCAAGCUGUUUGGGCUGCAAGAGGCCAUGAAGGUGGCUGUGGACAUGACAUGUUCCAGCUGCCAAGAAGCCGGGGCCACCAUUGGGUGCUGCCACAAAGGAUGCGUCCACACCUACCAUUACCCGUGUGCCAGCGAUGCUGGUUGCUUAUUCAUCGAAGAGAACUUUUCAUUGAAAUGUCCCAAGCAUCAGAGGCUGCAGUUGUAACCACCCUCAAUGGCUGGGGGAGCUGCCGGAGCCCGCUCGACCACCUGCCGCUGAAGGAAGGGAGCCGCUUGCGGGUCCGGAGCCGAUCCUUGAUCCAGAUCCCGGAUCUUGGAUCCGGCCACCGGGGGCUGAGACUUGUAGCCCUGACUGGGCAGAAAACCCCUUCGGAAGCCGCCUGCUCCC